GUGUUUUUUUUUAGUUUUUCAUUCAAUCUAAUUACGUAGUCAUACUUUAACGUUCAACCGACCAGAGCCUGAAUUGCUAUAACUUCCACUCUAGCCCACAAUGCUUUAAGAAUUAUCUUCCGUAUAUUUGUACAUAAACUUGAGACACGGUAUCAGUGUUAACCUUGAUAACUGUCCUCCUCGAUGUGAAGGUCUGUGAUAAGCCGUCGAUCUGUUCGUCCCAGAUACACAGGUCAGUUUGUGUAAACUUGCCGGAUCAUCUCCACUGACGCCGGAUUGUGGCAGUCAUCUACUUUCUAUCGUUCCUGUUGUCGUCGCCGCAAUGAGUGCCAAUACCAUCACCAAGGACUUAUUUGGGAAGACCAAGGACGGCCAGGAUGUUCAGAGGUUCACGUUCUCCAACAAGAACAACGUCACUAUUCGAGUUCUCGAUUACGGCUGUAUCAUCACCGAAAUACUUGUCCCGGACAGGAAUGGGGAGGUCAAGGACGUCAACCUCGGCUUCGAUGACAUGGAAGGUUACCUGACACGAUCUCCUUACUUUGGAGCUGUUUGUGGUCGUGUGGCGAACCGAAUAGCGGGUGGCAAGUUCUCGUUAGACGGUCAAGAGUUUCAACUUCCUGUCAAUAAUGGCCUCAAUUGUCUUCACGGGGGUGUCAAGGGUUUCGACAAGGUUCUUUGGGACACAACUGUGGAUGGCGAUCGUCUGGUGUUGCGUUACGUCAGUGCUGAUAAAGAAGAGGGCUUUCCAGGGGAAGUAACCACGACCGUAUCGUACCGACUGUCCGACGACAAUGUGUUUUCUAUCGAAUACACCGCUACGACAACGAAAGCCACGCCUAUCAACCUCACAAAUCACUCCUACUUCAACCUCGCUGGGCAGGGUUCCAGCAAUUUGGAUGGUCACAUCAUACAGUUACUAGGGGACCACUAUACUCCCUUGAAUGAAAACAUCAUUCCUACAGGUGAGGUGGCUACUGUGUCAGGAACGCCUAUGGAUCUUCGGAAGCCCGUGGCUCUCAGUGAGAGGAUGAAGGAGGUCAACGGUGGACUUGGAUUCGACCACAAUUUUUGUGUCGGGGAAGGCGGCAAGCUCAAGUUCGUCGCCAGGGUAGAGCAUGUCCCCUCGGGACGCGUCAUGGACGUCUGUACAACAGAACCAGGCCUCCAGUGCUACACUUCCAAAAAUCUCAAGCCUACUCUUGGGAAAGGUGGUGUUACCUACCAACAGUUUUCCGCAUUUUGUUUGGAGGCUCAGCACUAUCCCGACAGUGUACAUCACAGUAACUUCCCUAAUUCCGUACUGCGACCUGAUCAGUUAUAUCAACAGACAACCACGUACAAAUUUGGAGUAACAGACUGACCUCGUGUGCAUCAGUGAACCGGAACCGGAAACACACUAGUUGGGAGACUGGCCACGUCUCGCAUCAGUAGAACGUACGCUCACACUAUAGAAGGUUGGGAUGGCCGACUGUUGAUACAUUUAUAAAGUAACUAUAUUGAUGGAGAUUAAACGUUUAUACAGAA